AUGGCAAAUCAUACGAAUACCGCCAGGCAAGCUGGUGUCCUGCCUGUCUCAGCGGCAAAUGUCAAAGAUCAGGCUGGUACCUCCCAAAAAUCAGGCAGAGGCAAAGCACCCAUCGAGGGUCAAAAGAUCGUCAUCCGUCGACUACCGCCAGGAAUCUCAGAGGAAGAAGUAUUCAAGUAUCUUGGCGAUGAAUGGCAGCCUAACAAGGGCAAGGUUGGGUGGUUCUCGUUCAUGCCCGGCAAAACUUCUAACGACCCAUCCAAGCCAUCGCGACCAUCGCGCGCAUAUCUGCAUCUUCUCAGAACAGAGUAUGUCAUGCCCUUGAUGGAGCAAGUGCGAAGUGCUCCAUGGGAAGAUGUGAACGGCACUUGGACCGACCCCUGCCUCUGUGGUCCUCCUGUGAUGGAGAUGUCGAUCUAUAAGAAGAUUCCGACGAGUAAAAACCGUGCAGAUGCGCGCCAGGGUACCAUUGAUCAGGAUCCCGAAUUCAUGGCGUUUCUCGAGUCGCUGGCAAAUCCAACGGGCGACAAAGACCCCGAAACAGAUCAUGUGGGACAGGAAGAGGAACAGCCGAUUGUCAAGGCCUCAUCUACCCCUCUUAUUGAUUACCUCCGUGAGAAGAAGGCAAACAAAGCCAAGGACGCCAGUGUGGCUAGAUCUGGCAAGCAUUCUCGCCACGACUCUCAGCCUGGCAAAAACAAGGGCUCCGAGGACUCCAAGAGAAAGUCUCGGGAGUCCAAGACAGAAAAGUCUACGGAUAGACCUCGUCAGAACGUCAAGAUCUUGACCAAGAAAGCAGCCACUGCAGCUGCAGUGGAAGCUGCGAAUAAUGUGGCAAGUCAGAUAUCAGCGUCUUCCAAAGAUGAUGCGUCGGCAAAGGGAGGCCGCAGAGCGGGUAUAGCAGCUGCUGCACGUAUCUUGGCAAGGGAUUUGGGUAUCAGUCCAGGAAACGCUCAUAGGAAGGUGCGUCUGGCUCGUCAAGAGGUUGAGAAAGCCGAGAGCGAUGGGAAAUUGGCCAACGCAGAAGACACUCCAUCCACCAAAGAUGCCAAAGACGACGCUCCAGGUAAUUCCGCAACCACAGCAAAUACCAACGCGGCUCGACAACCUGCCACGGCUGCAUCAAAGACUGCUGCUGGUAGCUCUCGUGGGCCUCGCGGCAAGAGGGGUGCUUCUGGUGCUACUGAACAUGCUCAGGAGGGCACAGAAAAGAAAGGUCGCUCUAGAAGGGGAGCUGCAGACAAGGGUAGCGAGGCAUCUUCAAGUGCUCCAAAGGCGCCUGUGGCUAUAUUGAAAAGGAAAGAUGAUGCGGCGUCAGGGAACUCAAACUCUACACCUACGCUCGCCCCUUCGGCUGCUAACACCCAGGCGGGACCCACACCGCCGAAGUCCGCUCCAACUGGACCCAAGGCCGCGCAGGGUAAAGGAGGAUCCGGGUCAGGCCCCAAAAAGGCAUCAGCUAUUCCUGGCAACUCAAACACGACACGAGCUUUCGUUAAGCAUGCAAAUCCCUCUCAAGGUGUCACCGAUGCCGUAUUGAAGGAUGCAAUGCAGGUCUUUGGCAAUGUGACUUUCGUGGAGAUUGAUCGACGCAAGGGUUUUGCCUAUGUCGAUUUCGCCAACCACGAAGGCCUCGCCAAGGCAAUCGCUGCUAGUCCCGUAACAGUCGCGCAAGCUACCGUGCAGGUGCUAGAACGAAAGGACACGAAUAAGAAGACUCCCCCGGCAGCAUCUGCCGGCAAUGCUGGAAGUUCUAAGAGCAACGCGGCUUCUGGUGCCGCCCCGGCAGCGCCAAAACCUUCCGGAGGGCCCAAGAAUGAAGCUGAGACCCCUGCUGCCAGCGGGUCAACUGCAGCUAGCGCAGAAAAACCUGCAGGCGAGCAUAAGCGUGGUGGUCGCAGACGUGGUGGAAGAGGCCGUGGAGGUGACUCCAACAAGGACGGCUCCGGCGGCAAGGGAACUGGCGGUGGAAACAAGGCCACCUCGGGCGGGUCCGGGAAUCCGCCAGUUCCAGCCUCUUCUGGCUCCUGA